AGCGCCACCACAGUCGACGACAGCAUAGGCUUUCAUUUCUAGGCCGGGAAGGUCCUACUAUCAACACAAGUGAACGGGAAAAUAGAUAAAGAAUUGGCUGUGCAAUCUUUAUCCAUCCUUGAAAAUAAUCUUACCAUAAGGAAAUAUAUCGUCAUAGGUGACCUUAACUAAUCGUUUUACGUGGAACUGAAACCGACGGCAUAGAGGAAGAGGCGUAAAGACAAAUUUCCAUACUCGAUGACAUUACAUCGCAAUGUCCGAUCGUUUGGGGCAAAUAACCAAGUCCAAGGAUGGGAAAAGCAAGUACUCCUCACUCAGCCUGUUUGAAAAGUACAAGGGAAAGGCAAUAGAAUCUCAGAAAACCACAGUUGUUCCACGACAUGGCUUGCAAAGUCUUGGCAAAGUGGCCGCUGCCCGGCGGAUGCCCCCACCUGCUCACCUGCCGAGCCUGAAGUCCGAAAACAAAGGAAACGACCCCAACGUGAUUAUUGUGCCCAAAGACGGUACAGGAUGGGCAAACAAGCCAGAACAACCCGAUCAAAAGAGUUCCACUGCAUCAUCAGCACAGCUGCCGGAGUUGCAGCCGCAGCUGGCUUUACAGAAAUCUGUCUCCAAUCUUCAGAAGCAAACAGCAGUAGCCAGCCAGGAGAGCACAAACACAGGUGGACCAAAGCAAUGGGCACAGCUAAAUGGAAAGGCAGUAGAACAAGAUGGUUCAAGGGGCUCAAACCGACUGCAGCCCUUCUCUCACGAGGAAUUUCCGACGCUGAAAGCAGCUGGCGAACAGGACAAGGCUGGCAAGGAAAGAAGCGUCUACGAUCCGUCGUAUGGGCCAGGACCAAGCCUCCGCCCCCAGAAUGUGACGAGCUGGAGGGAGGGUGGUGGGAGGAAUCUGCAGCCCUUCGCCCUGCCGCUGGGCGCGGCCUCCGACUCGGAGGGCAAGAGUGGCAGCAGCAGCGGCGGAGGAGGAGGUGGUGUUGGUGGAGUAGGAGGAGGUGCGGCUGACGCCGCGUCCCCCCUUCCUCCUCCUCCCCCCUCCUCCUCUUCCUCCUCCUCCGCCGCCGGUGGCAGCCUCUCCACGGCUGCUGCUGUCGUUGCUGCUUCCUCCUCCUCCUCCUCCUCCUCGACCUCCGACCCUAAGGAGCCCUCUCUGCGUCCUGCCCAGCCCCUGCGUCGCCCUGCCCCCUCCGCCCUGCAGUACCAGCUUCACCACGCCGCCGCCACCUACCACGACAUGCUGCCCGCCUUCAUGUGCCCCAAAGAGCCGCGAGACGCCCCUGGCACCUCUGAGCAUGCCCCUCCUGCAGCGGGCGCCCCCAUGCGCUUUGACGCCAGGCCCAACUUCAGACCAUCCUUCCCUGCCCCCGAGCCCGUCAACGGGGAGGUGAGGAGAGAGAACCGAUUCGUCAGGGCACCCCCUCGCCUCGCCUCUCGCCCCAUCCGUCGCCCUGGCGACCGUGCCCCUCGCCCUGCCAUCAUUAACCCCGAGGACCUGAAGGAUCUGGACGACCUGGACAAGGAUUGCGAGGAUGGCUGGGCUGGCCUCCAUGAGGAAGUGGAUUACAGCGAGAAACUGAAGUUCAGCGAUGACGAGGAGGAUCAUGCGGCCGGGGACAAGAGUAAGAUUUGGGGUGAGUGGGACAACCUCCGUGAGCGCCAGGCCUCCUUCAGCUCUGGUGAGGGUGCGUACCCCCACGAUGCCAAUGAUGACGAGGCGUACCACCGCCACCAAGAGCUGGUGCCUGUCAGGAAGACCAACGGCCGCUACCCCCCCGACGCCCAGCCGCAGCAGAAAGGCAGUGUGGCGAGUGAGUCUGCGGAGGAGCCGGAGGAGGGUCAGCGUCCGGGCCCGUCGCGGGGGAAGUUUGCGUCGGCCGAGCUCUCGGAGGCGGUGGAGCGCGCGCGGCGACGCCGGGAGGAAGAGGAGCGGCGUGCUCGCGAGGAGCGUCUGGCCGCCUGCGCCGAGAAGCUCAAGAAGCUGGACGAGAAGUUCGGGAAGAGCGAGAGGCCGCAGCGGCCCGCUGACCCCCCGAAAGAUCCCGAGGCCAGAGAAGCCGCCCUCUCGCCCAGCCGAGAUGCCGCCAAACACCACCAGGAGGCCUGGCACUACACCGGCAAAGACGUAUCAGAGUUGCCGCCCGAGCAGUGCCCCAGCCAGGAGUACGGAGACAGCGCCAGCCCUGCCUUCGGGUACGACGAGGAGGGCGGUGGCGCGGAGUCCACGUCCCCGCUGCCAGACUACGGCCGACACCAGAAGCCCGUGGCACCCCGCUUCCAGAAGCAGCAGCAGCAGCAGCAGCAGCAGGAGCAGGUGUAUAAGAUGCAGCAGUGGCAGCAGCAGCAGACGGGUCAUGGUGCCCCCCCUCAGCGCGGCUACUACCCCCCUCAUGUGCUCGGCUUCGACCCCCGCUGGAUGAUGAUGCCCCCCUACAUGGACCCCCGCAUGGCCCAGGGCCGCUCCCCCGUGGACUACUACCCCAACGCUGUGCACUCCUCAGGCAUGAUGAAGCCCAUGAUGCAGCCAGAGCAUCUGAACAGCCCCGGCUCUGCCUCAGACGAGAGCUGCCACCCCAGCAUGCUCCCUGAGAGGAGAGCCCCCUCCACUGAGCCCUACCCGCCGUGGAGCCAAGAUGGCUACCCGGCCCGCAGUUUCACCCCACCCUACCAGCGGCAGAGGGAGAGCAGUGACCGGAGCCAAGGAGAUGACCGGAGUGAGCGGGCCUGCUCCCAGCAGGACUCGUACGAGGACCGAGGCAGCGAGUGCCAGGAGAUCACCGCUGCGGACGACCCCCAUCCCCACCAGACCUACCGGCCAAGAGGAGACGCGCACGACGCAACCGGUGGCCGCUCCCAGACCGGAGACGGAGACUACGCCAAACCGGACGCUAAGGAGGCCUCCCGGCACCAGCGGGCCGGCAGCGGAGGCGACGAAGUGUUUGACAAGGACAAGGGCUACGAGGCGGACUUCUGGAGGAAGGACGGGCAUCUGAAGAAGGACGGUCCGCAGCAGCAGUGGUCCGAUCCUGGCGGCUCGUCCAGCAGCAGCAGCAGUGUCGUCGGCCAACCGUCGGAGUCCGGCAGCCGCCCGCUCUCGCGCCGCACCGGGCCCAUCAAGCGGCCAGUGCUCAAGGCCCUCAAGGUCGAGGACAAGGAGAAUGAGAAACCCAAGGUCGAGCCAGAGGAGAAGCAGGUCCCCUACCGACUGGAGAAGGAAGUGCUGACCAACGUGUACGACCUGAAGAAGGACAACCAGCCGCUGCCCAGUAGACACUCGGCCACACAAGCCGCAGACAAGAUGCUCCAGCAGCAGCAGCAGCAGCAGCAGCACCAUCAGCAGCAGCAGCACCAUCAGCACCAUCAGCAUCAGCAGCAGCAGCAGCAGGCUGAGGAGAAAGAGAGGUAUGCGGCUACUGCGUCGAGCCGCGGGGAGAAGCUGGACCAGCAGCAGCAGCAGCAGCAGCAGCAGCACCAAGCCCCGGAGGAGGACAACAAGGAGAACAGCUGGGAGACGGGCGGCAGGGGUCAUCACACGCAGGCCCGCGACGCGCCGGAGAGCAGGGAGACGUCCGCACCGCGCCGCAACAACUGGAUCUUCAUCGACGAGGAGCAGGCGUUCGCCGGGGCGCGGGGAGCCGGGCGCGGUGGACGAGGACGGGGCUUUCGGGACUUCGGCGCCCGUGGAGGCGGCAGCGGCGGCCGGGGCGCCCGAGGGGAGAACUCCAGGGGCGGGUACGGCAGCGGCAGCGCUAGCAACAACAACGGCGGCGGCAACUCCCAGAGAGCCGGACGGGGCCGUGGAAUGAGGGAGUUCGCUAAGGCCGAGGACCUCGCACGAGGCAAGCCGCGGCGACGCAACGUGAGCGAGACGCUGAGCGAGGCCUCCGAGUACGAGGAGCUGCCCAAGCGCCGCCGCCAGAAGGCCACGGAGAACGGAGACGGAGGCUACCCAGCUCCCGCAGACGGCGGCAAGAAGGCCGACCGCGACUCGUGGAGGUCCAACAAAGUGUACACGGACGAGCAGGGGACGGGCAGCGACGCGCGGGACAAGGCCAAGCCCAGCCGAGGGUUCGGACGCUCCCUGCCCCCGCGCCUCAACGCAGGGUACCAGCGCGGCUUCGGCUCCAGGGACAUCUCCACCUGGAGAGGGCGUUCUACCCAGCUGGCCGGCGGCGGCGCUGCCCAGGAGAACGGCUACGCUCUCGGAGGCGACUCCUACUCCCGACGGCCGCCGGCAGAGCGCGAGCCGGUCAAGUACGCGCAGAAGUUCUCCAGCUCCUUCAUCGAGAACGGCGUGGAUGAGCGAGGAGGAGGAGGAGGAGGAGGAGGUGGGACAGACGGGGACGGCUACGUGGACAACGACAACCCCGACAACCGGCCCCUGCGCCGCCGACGCCCCCCCGCCAGGACAAGCCCCCCCCGCUUCCGUCGCCUGCGCGAGCGCGAGCCCGGCGGCCAGUGGAACAGCGACGAGUACGUCAACGGAGACUUCGGCAACCCCUGGCCUGGACGCGCCAAGAGCGGAGAGGACGGCUGGCCCGGCCACUACCCUGGUGGCGGCGGCGGCCGAGCUCACGAGAUGGGCAGCGGUCAGCAGGGCGAAGACUGGGAGUCCGGCUCGGACAACAGCGACUUCGGCGACUGGCGUGAGAAGCGCGGAGGCGGCGGGGGGGGGAGCGGUCACCACGGCGACGUGCCGUCCGACUCCGGCCACAGCGAGCCGGGCUCCGGGGAGAAGAGGGAGCACUCCAAGCGCAGCUUCUCCAGCCAGCGCCCCCUGGUGGAGCGGCAGAACCGUAAGGGCGAGCCGCCCGUCCUGGAGGGGGGCAAAAUCAGCCGUGCCGGAGACACGCCCACCACGGCUGGCUCGGCCAAUCGCAACGACAGCUGGCAGAAUGGAGUGUCUCCCGCCUGCAAAAGAACCCCUGAGGAAGUGGCGGCGAGUCUGGUCUCCGGUUCUGUGUACAGCGUGGACACAUCGGACGAGAACCUGCAGUCGGUGCCCACUGACAGCUCCGGGAAGAAGCUGGACAAGGAGCUGAAGACCCGCAGCAUGAAGGGGGACAUGGCCGAGGCACUCUCUCAGUACGACAUCAGUGCUUACCCAAUCGAGACGGAGGCAGGAGGGCCGGUUCCCAGUCCAGAUGGGUUCCAGGACGCUCUGUCUAAGAAGCAGCGGCGCCCUCUAGAGGACGAGCACAGGAGGAAGGAGCAGGGUGCUGCGGUGGGUGUGAAGAGUCGACCGAUGCCAUCCAAGAUGCCUCCACGCUUUGCCAAGAAGCAAGGUAGCCUUUCCAUGGAGCAGCCAGAGGAGGCGCUAUCUGCCAGCAACCUGGGCACAGAGAUCUGGGAGACCAACAGCUCAGCCCUCACUGUGCAGUCAUCUGGUGGAGACUCCUGGACCAAGCAAGUGUCCUACACAGGGAGCGAGCCCAAUUCUGAGGACUCUGACGCAGGCCCAGAGCAGAGUAAGGAGCACAAGCCGGGCCCCAUCGGUAACGAGCGUUCGCUGAAGCACAGGAAGGGCUCCGAGGCGGUGGAGCGGCUCGAGGGUCCCAUCACUCCUGUCAACGGCGUGGACAUCCACGUGGACAACGUGCUGCCCGUGCCGCCCAUCGAGUUUGGCGUCAGCGCCAAGGACUCGGACUUCAGCCUGCCCCCCGGCUCCACGCCAGUGCCAGUGUCCAUCCCCGUCACCAAGCUGCAGGACGCCCUCGCCAGCAAUACCAUUCCCAUGCUGCGCAGAGACCACCUGCAGCCCGGCAUCACCCUCAACCCCAUCUCCUUCCCCAGCGCAGACCUCACGCUCAAGAUGGAGAGUGCGCGUAAGGCGUGGGAGAACUCCCAGUCCAUCCCGGAGCAGGGCUCCCCGGGCGGGCCGGGCUCUGGGGUGCAGCCUGCCUGCAGUGUGGGCUCAUCCAGCGGGGUCAGCUACAGCUCCUUUGGGGGCGUCUCCAUGCCCCCCAUGCCCGUGGCCUCCGUCGCCCCCUCUGUCUCCAUGCAAGGUAACCACAUCGCCCCUCUGUACUUGGAUGGGCAUGUCUUCUCCAGCCAACCACGCCUGGUGCCCCCCAUGACCCAGCAGCAGAGCUAUCAGCAGGUCAGUACCCACCACUUCUCACGCCCGACCAUGACGCAACAGCAGAGCUACCAGCAGGCUGCGGCGGCCCAGCAGAUUCCCAUCUCUCUGCACACGUCUCUGCAGGCCCAGGCCCAGUUGGGGCUGCGUGGUGGGCUCCCCGUCUCCCAGUCCCAGGAGAUGUUCAGCUCCAUGCCCCCCUUCAGGUCCCAGGUGUACAUGCACCCCAACCUGUCCCAGCCCAGCCCCAUGGUGCUGUCCGGCGGGGCGCCCCUGAAGGGGCCCUACUCGCCCUUCCCCGGCAUGCAGCCCUCGGACAUGGUCAAGCAGCAGUCCGGCUCCCACUACCAGCCCAUCAACGGCAGCCAGCCGCUGGUGUACGAUGGGCAGCUGAGCCAGGGGCCUGGCAUGGGCACCUCUCAGCUCAUGGACUCCCAGCUCAUCCAGGUGACUAUGCCCCUGCCCGGCUCCCAGCUGCGGUAUGGGUCGGCCCAGCAGCACCUGAUCCUGCCCCAGUCCAUUCAGCUGCAGCAGGGCCAGAACCUCUCUGUUGGGGGCCCCCGCCGCAUGAUGCCCCCCGGCUCCCAGCCCCCCGUCAUGCCCCAGAGCAGAGAGGUGAGGGCCUCUCAGGUGGACAUGAAGGGAUUCCAGUUCUCCGACAAGCCCAACCACUCUCCUGGCAUCCCCGGGGGAUCCUACAGGCCCGGUUCUGCUAGCCCCAGUGGGAAACCAUCUGGACCUGGAGGCCCUGCUGUCGGCCCCCUACCCACCCACUACCAGCCACAGCAGGUGCCCACUCCACAGGGCAGCAUGGUGAUGCACAUGCGCCCGCCCACCUCUGGGCCCUUCCCCAACCCCAUCCAGCGUCCCGUCAUGCCCGUCAGCAAGCCGGUCAUCGUGCGCUCGCCACCCUACCCCAGCCCUGGGCGCGAGCCCCCCCAUGCCCACGCCAGCCCCCCCUCCGCCCCCGAGUCCAACGCCAAGGGGCCCGAGGACGGCAUGAAGAAUAAGCCGCUACGGGACGGCCGGCCAACGGUGGGUGAAGGCAAGUCGUCUCCGUCUGCGAUGAUGCCCACCAAGCUUCCCGAUGCCGCACUGCCCCCUGGUCAACCCAAACCCGCCCGCACCGGAGCCAUCAAACCCCAGGCAGUGAAGGUGGAGGAGGGCAAGGCCUAACCACAGAGGAUCCCCCACCACCACCACCACCGCCUCCUCCAGUGUCUCACUCUCCUACUCGUCCUCAUCGCCCCCUUCUUCCUCUUCCUCUGGGCAGUCCUGCCUGUUACAGCCACCAGGGCGGCGCCAACGGAAAAACCACACCAACUCCAGGAAAAGUCGAAGACAAAAAAAAGGAAAAAGGAAUCGGAUACUAUUGCUGAACAUCAUAUAUAUAUAUAUAUAGAGAAAUAAAAUAUAUAUAUAUAUAUAUAUAUAUAUAUAUAUAUACAUAAAUGUAUACAUAUUAUAUAUAUAAAUACAUACACAAUAGUUUGGGACAUUUCUAAGCAGACUCCUCAAGAAUCCAUCUUUUAUUUAUUAACAUUUAAAGUCCAUUUCAAGAGAAGAAUAAUGUUAAGCAAGACAAAAGGAAAACAAAAAAAAAAGGAGCAAAAAGUCGCGUUUUCUAUGUUGCUCUUCAUUAAAGCGUGAACCCGCAGAAGGGGAGACGAGUCUUGUCUGUUGCUCUCUCUCUCUCCCCUCAUGUGCAGUCCCUCCUCUCCUCCAAGCCUUUGCCAAAACGAGAGCGCACCGGCUCCCGUCUGGAGUGGAGCCUGCCGCUGGCGCCAGAGAACGUGCCGGAAUAACCACCUGACUCUGAUGCCAUCUGCCGCCACCGCCCCCCUCUUUGCCUUGGAGCGGAACUCCCGCGCGGCACCAACGUCUCAUGUGUUUUCCUUUUGACAUUAUGACUGGUUACAGUGAAUGGAGUUUUAACCCUCUCUCUCUUCCUUUACUUUUUAAAUAAUCAACACCUACUUGCUCUAUUAAAGGACACCUUUUAUUCAAUAAAAAAAAUCCUUCCAAACCAAA